AUGUGGUUGACCAAAGCAACUCAGACGCUUUGCAGGCCAGUCUACCAAAUCGAAAAGAGCAGCAAGUGCAGUUCACCAUCAAAAAUGAGCUCACCUAACGUUUAUCCAAGGACCAGUGCAGCUGGUGAGGACAAGAAAGCGGCCUUCCUUAGUCUCAUGUCCAGUGCCAGGUCAGACUGCUUAAGUCUCAGUGCUUUGAUGUACAAGAAGCUCCCCCGAGAAAUUCGAGAUGUAAUAUACUGCUACAUCUGCCUUGAAGAUCGGCAGAUACCAAUUGGACCGUACUAUCACUUCCGGAAAUACGAUCUACUCGAACGAGACGUCGAGCGAACACUCGAGGCAGAUCAGAUCAAACCUUCUUCCGACGAGCAGCAUGCAGAGACAUGGCUUUUCUCGCACGUAGAUGCUCAAACUAUCCUGCCAGAUGGGCGCAUACGGACCGAUCACGACGUCUACCCACAAGACGACUUUCUCAUGCCCGAGAAUCACAUAUUCAACCCUGAUUACAUGGGCGAAAAUGUCGCGCUUGAGACGCUACAAGUGUACUACAAGAGCAACAGCUUUUCUGUCUGCAAUGUCGAAGGCGGUUUGGACAGCCUAUGCACUUCCAUAAAGCUGAGCUCCAAAGAAAUGGCCGUCGACUGCGUUCCGAUCGAUUACAUUUCCGAUCUACAGAUACGUGUCAAAUGCGAGCACUUCGAUGUACAAAGAUCAUCUCCUAGCGAUAUCCUGCGGUCUCGGCUUGAAGGUUUCGCUGAAGAGGAGCGGCUCCUGCGACGCACAGUGGAGUCUCUUGCAAGAUUUCGAUCCAAGGUUCGAACAUCGACCCCGCGCGAGCUAAACGUCGAGAUCGUCCUUAUGUCAGACCUGAAAAGUGGAUCGGAAUGGGAUAGCGUAUAUUUGCAGGCUCGCAUCAUCAAUAUGCUGCAAGCCAUGCGUACCUGUAUCUACGAACUGAUGCAUGAACGCGAGUACACCACUAUCCGAGUAACACAUCAAGAUGACGGACUCAUGGCGUUUCCCAAAACCUACACCGGCCUGUUCCAGCUCACCAAAGAGCAAUGGAACUACGAAAAAUGCAAACAGCGCCCCAAUCAUGACUGGACCCAGGACUUUUGGAUACUUCCCAUCGAGGGCGAUGAACUGUCUGAAGACGAUUUCAGACGCCUUGGUGGAUACUACAUCAAUUGCAAGGAUUCGUUUCUCGCAGAGCGAUGGGGAACCAGCAACGUGCUACACGAUACUAACAGCAAAUCACCAGUUGUCGAGGGCUUUGCAUGGCCCAUCGGGUGCCCCUACAACGCAGCAGCCGCCUAUGUGCUGUGCGAAAGGCUGUAA